UUGCCUCCCCAGCAGCUCAAUUCGCACCUAAGCUUUGUCAUCUCAGCAAUUGACAUACAACAAUGAGAGGCACACCCACCACCACAACGCUCUUACGCCAAAGCCGAGCUCUCUGUGAGCUGCGCGGAAUCGCCCAAAAUGCAGCCCGGCCAUCAAGCACCGCCGUAAGGGCAGCAGCGACAAGCUCCCCACAGCAGCACCUCUCCCUCGCAUACCGACCGUUCCACAGCAGCUCCCCCUGCCUCAAGAAGAAGUCAGCGGGUAGGGAAGAGAAGCAAGCCUCCAACACCAAAGACAAAUCGUCCGCCAAGCCCAGCAAGUCCAAAUCCGGCAGCGGCGGCGACAGCGGCAGCGAUGCCUCCUCACCCUCCUCCUCCGGCGGAGGGGGUAGCUCCCAACACCCGACGCCGAACCCAGAGGAGCCGCUCGACUUCGCCGAUGUGCAAUCGCGCCUGGCCAAAGCCUCGGAGACGCCCCUCGAGAACCUCAAGAAGCUCAAGGCGGGCGGGCGGUUCAACCCGGACCUGAUCGGGGCGCUGCGGGUGGUGCCGGACAAGCAGGAGGGGGGCGCGUCGUAUCCGCUGCGGGAGCUGGCGCAGGUGGUGCCCAAAGGGGGCCGGACCAUCUCGAUCCUGGUGCACGAGGCCGAGUCGAUCAAGCCCAUCAUGAGCGCGAUCCAGGCGUCGCGGGACUUCAACCAGCAGCCGCAGCGGGACCCGGACAACGAGCUGGAGCUCGUGCUCAAGAUGGAGCUGGAGAAGCGCGAGGACGUCGUCCGGCGGGUCAAGGCCGUCUGCCAUGAGUGGAGGGAGAAGGUGCGCCAGGUGCGCCAGCGCAGGGACAAGGUGCACGCGGCGUGGAAGAAGGACGGCGCCAUGCUGCCCGACGUCAAGAGGAAGGCCGACACGGAGCUCGACAAGGUCAUCAAGGCCAAGGUUGCCGAGAUCGACGCCGCGGAGAAGGAGGCCAUGAAAGCUGCUGAGGGCAAGUAAGAAACGAGGGGAACGGGGGGAACUAAGGAAAGGAAAGGAAAGAAAGGACGGAAGGAAGAAAAUCUACUGUAUGGUAAACAUGCAUGACGAAUUCUGUAAUAGAUCGGUAAUUUACGAACGCACUCGAGC